AUGGUCUUAUGGCAUCCCCUAGAUGCACCUUGGGUGAAGCUGAACACUGAUGGUGCCUUCUCUACAUCGACACUGGAGGCGGGGGAGGGAGGAUUGGUUCGUGGAUCUGAUGGAGGUCUUCUACGGGCCUUCUGUGCUCCGGUUGUUGCAUCAUCGAGCUUUGAAGCGGAGCUUUUGGCUCUGAUUCUGGGUUUAAGGAUGGCUAUGGAGCUUUCUACUCACAUUUGGAUAGAGCUGGACUCAACGGCUCUGGUUAGUUUAUUGUCAGCUGGACAUCUUGGCUCCGCAGAUUUUAGACAUCAUAAGGCUUUGAUCCGGAGCAUGACAUCUCAACGGCACGUUCGCUUCUCACACAUCUACAGGGAAGGAACCGGGCUGCCGACUUUCUGGCAGGUAGGGGGUCCAGACCCCUGCCCUUACAUACUUUGA